GGGUGGUAGUGCGCAGGCGCACAGUGGAGCGUGGUCGGGCCGCGGGAGGGAGGUAGCUGCCGGGGUGUGGGGCUGGCAUUCCCAUGAGCAGGCGCUGCCCGGCGGCCGCGGCCUCGCUGCUGCGGGGGCUUGUCGGCCCCGCUGUUCUCUGCCUGGGCAAGAGCAUGAGUCUCUGCGGGGUGCCGGCCGCCUGCGCUGCGGGGCCUGCGGGUGCUGGUGGUGGUGGUGGCGGCGGCAGCAGCAGCGGCGCGGGGUUCUCCUCAGCGCGGCUGAGCCCGCCGUGGCUGCGGCUGCCUGAGGUGCCGGGCGCGGAGCCGCACCGGGCUAACGAGUUGCUGUUGCUGCUGCCGCUGGCCCCGCGCGGCCCGGCCCCGCCGCAACAGCAUCAUGUUGUCUACUUCCCGGGAGACGUGCAGAACUAUCAUGACGUCAUGUCUUGCCACCCAGAAAACUGUCAGUGGGACCACUGGAGUUUUGAAAACAUUGCGACCAUACUUGCUCGCCGGUUCCCUAAUAGCUUCAUUUGGGUUGUAAAAUGUUCUCGAAUGCAUCUGCACAAAUUCAGUUGUUAUGACAACUUCGUGGUGAGCAACAUGUUUGGAGCACCAGAGCACAGCACAGACUUUGGAGCUUUCAAGCAUCUCCAUGCAUUGCUAGUUAAUGCAUUCAGACUCUCUCAGAAUAUUCUGCUGUCCCAGAAAAGCAUGCAUGGUGUCAGCAAGGAUGCAAAAAUAGCUGCUUGUAAAUCACAGCCGCAGUCUGUUCCUACAACAAAUGGUGCCUCAUCCACAGAAAGAGAGAGAGAUUGUGAAUGCUCUAAUAAUUCCACUGUGAACUUCAUUGUACCAUCUGCUGUAGGUGCAGCGUCGUUUACUUUGAUUGGCUUCAGUAAAGGUUGUGUGGUUUUGAACCAGCUACUUUAUGAGCUGAAGGAAGCUAAAAAAGACAAGAAUACAGAUGCCUUCGUAAAAAACAUAAAAGCAAUUUACUGGCUGGAUGGUGGUCACUCGGGAGGAAGCAAUACUUGGGUUACUUACCCUGAAGUGCUGAAAGAACUUGCGGAGACAGGAGUUGAAGUUCAUGCUCAUGUUACGCCAUACCAAGUGUUUGACACAAUGAGGUCAUGGAUUGGGAGAGAGCAUGAGAAAUUUGUACAGAUACUUGAAGGAUUUGGUGUAGAAGUAAACGAUCAACUACAUUUUGCUGAUGAUGCUCCCUCCUUAGAUAACCAUUUCAGAGUUCAUGAAGUAUUUUGAAACUUUAUGUAUCUAAAUAGUGUAUUCAUUGUAAAAGCACUUUUAACAUUGUAAAUGUUUUCACCUAGAUUUGCAACUUUGUGCAGAUGCUGUCUGAAGAGAAUGUUAGAUCAGUCCUGUGUUGCUGAUAGAUACUGUAUAUACAUUUCAGUAGUUUAAAAGGGAGGUUGGGACCCCAUAUCUACAACAGAUGUUGUCACUUAUUCCUAGAAAAAAAUGUUAUGAAGAACUAUCCUAUGCAUGGUUGGUUUUUUUUUUUUGUUUUUUUUUGUUAAAUGUGAACAUUUAUUCUAAAGCUAUUGGCAAAAUUUUUAGUCUUGGAUAUCUACUGUCAUAUACUGCCUUUAAUGGUAGUUUGAAGUACUCAAGAGACAUUCAAAUGUCAGGAUACUUCAGUUUAGUAUUAGUAGGGUUAAAAGCUUUGCUCUUUGUCAUUAACAAAUGUGAGGUUAGGUUUUUGGCUUAAGGAAAACUAUAAUUGUUAGAGCUUGUUAGAAUCUUAGUUAUAUACUUUGGUGAACACUUAUAAUUAGUUAAUUAAAUCUUCCAGUUUUGUAACAUUUCUCCUAACUGAAACAAAGUCACAAAUAUUUACCUUUGGAAUAAUAGUGCCAAUCCGUUUUAAUUCCUUAUGCGUGCCUUCCCUUUUUUGUUGCUAUAAAACUCCAUUAAUUCAUUGUAUUUAUGUUCUAGUGAUAGCCAUGUCACCUGGAGGCUUGAAAAUUUUGACAUAGCUAUGUUAAGUGACCAAGAAUGCUGAUGAGUGUGUGGCUUAUUGCUGUUUCAACAUACCUUGCUAUUGCUUUGACUAACUUCUCAAAGGACCAGCAGUAAUAUCUGUAUUUUCAUGUCAAGAGGUGUCCAUAUCCCUGUAUUGGACUGAUGAGGUUUUCCUUGUUAACUGUUGCAUUGAUGUUGAUCUAAAUCAAGCUGUAAGAAUUUCACAUAUUGCAAGUUGCAUAAAAAAAAAAUUUAGACUGUUGACUGUAGCUGUUUCACAAUGCCUUGGGGAUUUGAACUAUUAUCUCCUUUAAAUGUACUGCAUUGGUUGCUUCUAGAGCCACACAAGAAUCUGUUUUCAGAGCCUAAUUUUCAUACAGGAAAAAAAUAAACCUCUAAUUAAACACAAAGCUGGACUAAUCAGAUACAAAAGAUGCAGUCUAUUUCAGGCCCCAAACCUGCAUGUUCUUUAGAAAGAAGUACUGAAAGAUGAACAAAUAAACUUUUCUACUGUUUUUAAGUAACUUUCCAGUUAUCUACAAAUAAAUUUUAUAGUAACUCUUAAAGACAGCUGCAGCUAUUAACAGUGAACAGCUUAAAAUGGUUUUGGAUAUGCUGAAAGUGUAGGAAUACAAAACACCGUGAAGAUUACAUAAACUAUUGUGGUUCAGUUACAAAAAAAAGGCAUUUUAUUCACUGCUCCUAUGUUUGAUGGCUUAGCAACCUCUUCCCCUGCUUCUUGCUUUCUGUGACUCUUACACUGUGGGAGGAAAGUCCCGGGUCAUUUUUCUGCUAUUGGCAUCAUUAAAAUUUACAAGGUUCCCUGGAGACAGUGUUUUCACAACUCUUGCAGAGGUUUCAUGCCUCUCUGUUCUGUAUAGGAAAUAUGAGUCACCUAACUAAGUGUUUUUAAUGGGAAGCUUACAAAUAGCUUGGAAUAUUUGUAAUUAUCUACUCAUAAAAUAAACUUAAAAAAAAAUAGCAACAAAACCACAGAACACACCACUGAUCUAGCUGCCCUCUCAAACUGACCAGACUAACUUGGGUAUGCUAAAACUUGCCCUGUCCAAUAACAGUGCAGAUCAUAGACCAGUUUCUAAACAGUUCUGUGCCAGCCAAAACAGCAGGAGCAGGCUGGUGCAAGCUUUUGGAAUCAGCUAUUAAAAUAUUGACAUUGUCUUCAGAAGUUUCUGGAUGUCUGCCCUAUGAAAAUAUUAACCUGUUUGAUGGAGGCUGCUUACAAUAACUGCUAAAUAAGUUCAAGUGGUGUCGUAUUAAUUUGAAGAAUAAGCACUUUGUUGUGAACCUAAUCUUGUUAUGAGAUCUCAUGUUGUGGAGGAAAGACUGAUCGGUUGUUUUUCAUUCUCUAAACAGUGGUAGUACUCUGUUGGAAUGUGCCUCUGUCAUUCACUACAAAGCAUGCUAAUAAUAACUUUUGCAAACAAUGUAGAAAAUAAACUACUUCUGAUGGGUGAAACCAC